GUCAUCGGUGCCGGCGAAUCAGUUGUUCGAAAGUCGUGUAGAUGAAACGACGCGUCGCUUUAAGUUACUGACGAGAGUCGCCGGUUCGCUACAUGAGAACAAUCUUUUGUUACGUGUAAUCACGGGACAGAACGCGUAUCGCCGAUUUCAAUAAGUUUUCGCCAAGUUCACACCGUGCUAAGGGACUGUGUGCUUGAUAAUAUUUCGAGACGUGUUUUUUUACAAGCAUCGAUAAUAACCGAUAAUGGAGGUGCUACCGUGUCCGGUCAACGUAAAUUUCAGCAACAACAGAGCUGGAACUGUAACGGACGAAUUGGAUGGAGCUUGUCAGGCCUUGGCAAAGAGGUUGGAGGUUGAGCUGAGGGCGGCCAAGCACGCACAGCUUGCCUGUGGUGAGGUCCUGCUUCCUGCAGAUCUCUUACCCCGGAUAGCAAAAGACGUCCUCGCCAUGGCUGAAAACGAGCCUUGCGGUCUCAGAGGCUGCACGCUCUUCAUCAGCUUCGAGACCGACAGUAUGUGCCGCAAGCUCUCCAGGAUACAGUGCGAUCCAAGCGCCGUUUCCACAUUCGAGCUUUACUUAACACUUAAGCAAGAUCACACAUCAUGGCAUAUACUUCUUCCUCAGUUCCUCAAAAAUCUCACUCGCGGCGGUACCAUAAUGAUCAGCCGAGAUUUCACCCUUGAAAAGAAGAAAUUGUACAGGUCGUACCAGCAGCAAGACCAUUGAAGGACCAAAUCAAUUUUCCUCUCGUGGGUCCAUUACUUUACAACUCUCAAAACUGCAAGAUCUUCGGUCCAUUGAAAACUACGUUUUCCUUGAUCGAUGGAGGAUGCAGGCGAGAACAUGUGCAGUGGUCAAUUUUUUCGUGACCUGUCCUUGUUACUGUGCAAAGGCAGACAUACACGGCCUGUAGCUACUCGCAGACAACGUCUGAUGCAGACUGCCCAUCGUUGAAGACAUCCCACUUGUGAGGUAUGCAGACCGCUGAUAAAAACAAAAAAAUGGAGAGAGAAAAUAGGUGUGAGACUGCAGUUUCGAUUCGAUGGUAUUAUGCAUUUUAAAAGUUCAUCAACUAAUUGUUUUCUCUUAACACUUUCGAAAAGUCUCUAUACGUUUGUUAGAUAUGACACACGGAUUUACCAUCUAGACGCUUCAGUACGUAAAUUCAUACACAAGUGCAAGAUCGUGAUUAAAUGCACGGCCGAUUAAAACGGAGCAGAUAGUACAGCAGCUAGAUCGGCGUUCGUAUAAGUCUGAAAUGAUUUGUCAUUUCUUUUUUCAAAUGUCUAUUGUCAUCGACUGCAAAGAAAUUUGCGAUGUCGAAUGAAGCUGGUGCAAAGGAAAGAGAAAAAAAGAACCUAGAUUGUGCAAGGUUAGGAUGUACGAACUGAUAGGAAACGGCGGGGGGAGAAGAAAGUAGUAAUGGAGACAGUUAAACGUUUAAUCUAAGAUCAAAGAAAAGCAAAAAAAAAUGGAAGCGGGCAAACAAGUAUAUUGUGAUAGCGAGAAAACAAAUUAUAACAUGUGUAGCUCUUCUAAGAAGAGGAAUCUGUCUUCAUUGACGAAGAUGCAUCAUUAAGACUUCUAACAAAUUUUCACGUGAUAUGUAGGAUAUUAGUAUUAGGAAAUGUUUUAUUAUUGAUUAGUGAUAUAUUGAAUUGAAUAGAUUACAGUGUAGAUUAGGGUUAGACUUAGUUUCUCUCUCUCUAGUACAGGUCGUGUGGACCACCAUCCAUUGUCCCUUUUCAAUGUCCCUCGUAUAGUAUCAAUACCCGCUGCCUACAUAGUACACAGGAAAUAUAUAUCUGUACACAAUCACACAUAGUAUAUAUAUAUAUAUAUAUAUAUAUAUAUAUUAUAUAUAUAUUAAAAUGCGUGGGCCCCUGCAUGCCCUACGCGAGUUCUUUAUAAAACACGCACCCACGAAGCUCUGAAUUGCAUAUACACCAAGAGAGUGACACGCGUGUUCAUUACGGCUGCUAAUAUCGUGCUUUAAUUAUUAAACAAGCAAGAGACAGAGAAAACAAAAAUCUUAAAACAUUUCCGCGUUUCAAGUAAAUUCUUGUUUUUUUUUUUUUUUCUUCGCUUUUAUAAAAUCAAUUCGUGCCCGUUGCAUCAGGAUAUCCUCGCAUUUUUUCUUUGCUUUCUCUGCGCACCGGCAUCGCCGAUAUUCCCAUAUCACAUUUCGUUCAUCAAUUUCCGUCUGUCAAAGCCGGUACUUAGGCCAAACAUCCAUUAUUAACUUUAGCCUGUUACGAAAGGGCAUUUUAUUUUUUCUACCAUCGAAUCAGUCGCUGUCGCCUAGACUGUAACGAACUAGUUUUUUUGGGUAACGAGUGCAUACAAACAAACAAAAGGAGUAUAAUAAACUAAGUUGUACCUGUGGAUUCGAUAAGAGAUAUAUACCCAGUGUCAAAGAAACAAAUUGCAUUGCCCGAGAUAUUUCGUGGAAAACCGAGAGAAUUGUACGAGACGCGAACGAACGAACGAAUUGACCCCGGAUGCUUUGAUUUAUAAUAUUCCUGUUCGUGCAUUACCUACAACUCUUGCGAAAAGUCUCGAAAUUUGUAAAAGUUUGUCUCUUUCUUUUUUAUCUGUCCAUUAUAUGGAUUUACAUAUGAAUUUUGUCCGCCUCCUCCAGGGGAUUAGAUGAUAUUGUCAUAUAACAUCAAGCGCCCGCGCGCCCCCCCCCCCUCUUCCCCUCCACUGGUGGUAUUGUGAUAUUAAAAAAAAAGCAAGUGUGAUUAAUGUAAGUUUUAAGUUUAGAGCUGUGCGAUUAAGUGUACAGCCACAAUUUCUUCGUCGGGCAAUAAGCAAAAGCUUAUGAGGUAGAGGAAUCGUAUGUUGAGAUAGAAGAACCUACAUUAAAGAAAUGACAGCGGUCCGUCAUUUUUCUUAUGUCAGGAUUAUUUUAAAUUGUUGUACGUACGUAGUAGCCCUGUAUGGCGUACGUUCGUGAUUAAAUUAUCUUUUUUUUUUUUUAAUCUCAAAUCUGUUCCUGUCGGUUUCGAUUAUAUAUUCGAACUGUAUAUAUAACAACCUUGAUCAAUUAAAAAGCCAAUGUGCAUGAUGCAAAGUCAGCAAGAUUCGUCGAUGCUCAAAGUUUGAGAAAAAAGCAAAUUACGAACGUACAAAAGUAUUAAGGCAAUUACGAAAAGGUAACGGAGGCUGAGAGGCUGUACGCUAAAUUGCCGGUUGGCUAUGUAGGGUGUUUAUCUAGAUUGUAAAUCUAGAUGAUUUCACGAUCUGGACGAUUCGCGGGGCGUCGAUCAUGUGUUGUCUAGAUCGUGAACGAUUACGCCUAACGUUAAAAACAUACACAUGUGAUCUUAUAUCAAUAUGAUUAUGUAGAAAAAAAAAAAACAAAGUAUGAGAUACCAUUAUGUAUAUUUUAUACUGAGUUGAAGAAGUUCUAAUGAAAAGCGGAAGAAAAAAAAGGUGAAAAAAAAAGUUUGUGUAAAGGUAUUUAAUUCAUCGCAAGUUAUAAUAAUUAUCAUUACGGUAUAUAUAUAUUAUACAUGUGUAUAUAUAUAUAUAUAUAUAAAAGUAUUUUGACGUCUGUGUUUGUUGUAUAUGCGAUGAUAUAUAUUGUAUAAAUGAUUGCGCGCCAGUCUUCAGUCAUGAAUUUUAUAUUACAAAGCUACAGUCGCGAGUAUACCUGGUUUCAGUUCGAGACUGAUGAUUGGCUGAGAUAGCGUGACACGUGCAGAUAUGAUAUACAAAAAAAAAAUAAUAAUUGAAGAAGGGAGACAAACAGACAGGACAAAUGAUUGUACGAAUGAAGUCUACUUGGUGAUUAAAAAAAAAAAUUAUUUAGUCGUCUCGUCAUUGGCUUCUUGUUAAUUUUCCCAAUAACACACAAUGGGCCUUGUGUAAUAAUACUUCCAUGACACCUCGUAACUCGUGCACAACUUGGGAAAAAGGGGAUAUUUUCAUUGAUUUAGUAAUUCGAAAUUGAAUUGUUUAGAGUUGAAAGUUUGUUUAUCAGAGUGGUUUUGCUCCGUAAAAUAUUGUAUGACCAUGCGACAGUAAUUUUGUUAAUUGGCUCUUUGGUACUUUGCCCGUCAUCCUUUGUCAGUAUAUAUAUUUGUUUUGUUAACUGGGAAAAAGAAGUGAAAGGCCGAGAUUGAAAAAAUCGUAAAAGCACGAACAUCGAGACACGAAGUUUGAAUAGCUUUUCUUUGACGAUUACAGUUUCUGACCAUUUGAAGGCAACCGUUAGUAUUUUGGAGAAAAAGAAAAAUUAAAAAAAA